GUAACGGUAGCUGUCUCCUCCGAGCCCUCAAUUGUUUCGGUUUGUUGACGUUUGCUGGAGUACAGCAGCAGCUAGUAACAGGGGUCUGCCCCUUGUUUUAAGCGAGUCGUGUGAGAGUCACCGCAGCUAGCCAGUUAAAUGAGCUAACGUUAGCUUAAAUGGGUUUUCGAGUGAAAAGAUGAUCGCCUCGCUCUCUAGAGGAAGUUUGCUGGACGAGGUUCUCCAUGGGGGCUUUAAUGAGCAGCAGCAGCUGGCAGCCUAUGUUUCCUGGGUGAACUCUCAGCUGAAACGGAAACCAGGCCUGAAGCCGAUCACAAGCCUCAGGCAUGAUCUGCAGGAUGGGGUUGUGCUCACACAACUCAUAGAGAUAGUUGCUGGGGAAGUGCUGGAAGGAGUGUAUGCUGCUCCACAAAACAAAGAGGAAAGCAGGAAGAAUGUGGAGCAAGUCCUGCAGUUCAUUUCCUCCAGACACAUACGCAUGCCGCACAUAUCCGCAAGAGACAUUGUCGAUGGUAAUCUGAAAUCUGUCAUGAGGAUAAUUCUGGCACUGGCUGCCCACUUCAAACCCACAGCCAAUCACAGGGCUGCUUUUGGCAACAGGAGGACUUUGACAAGAGGCUCUGCCAACCACAACCCUCUCUCCACUGUUGCACUAGCACAAGGUGCCGCUGCCACACUGGCAUCAGCACGACUUGAUGCCUCGCAGCCUGCACGCAGCAUACGUCUCCACGGUGGCUGGGGGCUGGAUGUGGACAAGACUGUUUGUGUUCGUGCACUGGUUGAGCAGUAUGAAAAAGGAGCUCCAGAUGAGCCAGAUAAUUCUCAGUCUAACAGUCUCAGCUCCGUGAGUCCGCUGUCAACUCCCAGAGCUCCUCCCAGCAGCCACUCAGACAGCCAGCAGGAAGACCGUCAACAACAGGAGGGCAGUGGCGCUGAGUCAUCUCAUGUUGGAGUGGAAACGGCAUUGGAGGAUCCUCUGAGUGAAACUUUGGAGAAGGACGUGCAGGAGACACGUAAAAUGGUGUCUGCUUUACAGGCCCUGCUGCUGCAUGGUUCACUGCCUGAGGAUGAGCAGGAUGUGUCUUUGAGUUUGGACCAAGGCAGUGCUGAACAGCAACUGGUAGUCAUUCGUAGUCGUUUGGAUCAGAGCAUGGAGGAGGCGCAGGAGCUAAAGAGGGAACUGUUGCGCUGUAAGCAGGAGAUGAGAAACUUGCAGGGAGUCAAGGAUGCCCAGCAGCAGAGGCUGUGUACUCAGGAAGCAUCAAUACUGCAGAUGAAGCAGGAGCUUCUCAGAGCCAGCAUGACGAAGGAUGACCUCAGCAACCGUAACGCGGAGCUGCAGUGGAAGCUGGAGGAAUGCAACAGGCUAUGGGGCGAAUGCAAGAAGGAGAUUGGACAGAAGGACAGACUGCUGCAGCAACUCAAGCAGAAGCUUGAAGAAAGUCAAAAAAAGCAGAAUGAAUUGCAAAGAGAGUUGGAGCAAAAAAACAGCAUGCAGAUUCCCUCUGGCACCGAAAACAAUGGAUAUUCUCCCUCUGUGUCAGAUCAGGCAGAAGAGGUUCAGCUGCUCAGAGAUUCACUUCGGAGUUUGAGGAACAACUUCAGAGAGCACGACCCGCAGCACCAUACACUGGACACUCUGGAGCAGGGCAUAGUAUCACUCAUCGACAGACUGCAUGUUCUGCACACACACAGGGGGAGGGGCAAAUCUCCAAGACGCAAAGGCCAACACACAGACUCUGACACCUGGCCCUCCACAAAGGUUUGCCAAUCCCACAGCGGGUCCUCUGCCUCCACUAAAAUCCUUUAUUUCACUGGAAAAUCCCCAACGCCUUCUAUGAUCAAUAUUCCGAAAAGGCUCGGUGAGGUGACUCUCAAAGAUGUAAAGGCAGCUGUGGAUCGAGAGGGAAACUACAGGUACCACUUCAAGGCCCUGGACCCUGAGUUUGGCACUGUCAAAGAAGAGGUAUUUCUGGACGGAGCAAUUAUUCCAGGCUGGGAAGGAAAAAUAGUGGCCUGGGUAGAGGAGGACCGUGGUGAAGAAAGACCAUUUUAGGGUCAAGAUGAGGGGCCAUGACACUUUCUGUUUCUGCUCGUGGUCCCUCUGAUCCCAGAGGGACAUCGAGAUGACUGUUCAACACCGGCACAAGUGGACACUUUUUGAGAUUCACAUUAUCAUUAAAAUACUGUAAGACUUGUCAGCAAGAGAUUUGUGUUGUUCAGGUGGUACUAAACCACAUUUACUGGCUCUGGAAACAGUGUAGAUCUGUAACUGAUGUCUAGAAUAUUGUAAAGCUCAAUGCCUUUACAGAGGACAGCUAUUUCCAUCAUGUGCUUAUUGUUGCCAGGCUGUAACUGUGUUAUCAAAACUGGACUCAAAAGUAGACAAAAAAUAUUUUAAUUUAACUGUUUCUGAAACCACACUUGUGUUGGUUCUCCUCUAGUGGAAGGAGGUUUUUACUGUUAAAAAAAAAGUCAUUUCUAAGGGUUUAGUAUUGCAGUCCUAGUGCAGCAAUGAAGUAUUUAAAAGGUAUGAAUGAAUACAUGUUUGGAAUAUGUAUUGUCCAUUUUUUAAUAUGAAAUGUAAAGUGAAUAUACAGUAUUAUCUACCACAGCAGAAAAUAUUAACAAUAAUUUUCUGGGGGACAAAAAAAAUGUCAUUUUUGGAUAGAAAUGUUACAAAGACCAGGAAAGUCACACAAGUUCUUUUUUUGUUAGUGCUGCACGAGGUUUUUUCGACAUUCUGACCUGCUGACAAAUACACUGUCCAGCCAUCACCUACUACUGCUUUGUGUUCAUUCAAUAUUCAUUACAUUACAUUUAACAGGUAACACAAAAAGACAAAAAGGGUGAUGAUCAUCUUGAGAUGUCCAAACAGAAAAAUCUAUUGGAAAAACAAAAAAGCACCUAAAUUUAAUUUAGACCGAUAAAAUUAACUAAAUAUGACCCAAAUCCAGAUGUGGCGUUCAGUGUCAGUCAGUAACUCACCAGCAUGCAAGCAAACAGAACGUGCUCAUACUGAACUGCUGUCAGAUCAUUUUUUAAAAAAAAUAUGCUGGAAUUUUAAUGUUCAUGCGGAAAAAUGUAGGAGAACAGCACUGUUGUUUACUUUAUGAAAUUGUUUUGUACAUUUGUGUAAAAUUAUUUUCACUGUCCUUUUUUUUAAGUGUAUGUAUUUGUUUAAAGAGAGAUCCCUGAGAGAUGAGAAUGUUUCUGCAGAUGCUGUGGAUGUGAAUUUGACAUCAGAGAUUUAAAGGAGACUAUUGUCCUGAAACUAUGGACCAUACCACUAUUUAUGGUUUGUGUGUGUGUGUGUGUGUGUGUGUGUUUGAAUAUGUGUGCAUGUGUCUCUGUGUGUAUGAAAUCAGCAUGGACCUUUGAAAUGCUUUCCUCCACUCUGCUUCUGUCUGCCUAUUUGGGAUCCAUGUGUUUGCCUUCACUAACAAGCCAACUGAAAUAUGCAUCAGUCUACUUAUAGAUAAGACCUGUUUUAAUGCCAUAACUGCCUGUACUGUAAAAUGUACAAUUUGCUGGUGAGAUGGUUAUUAUCAUUUCUUUUGUUUACUGAAGUGUUUUACAAAAUAUGGAUACAGUCUUAAAAAAUAAAACAU